UUUAGGCUCCCGAACAGCUUCAGCUCGCUUAUUUCCUCAUUUUUCAACAGUUUUCAGGCUUUUUUUGACGACAAAUUUACAUUAAAACUCCUCGCCGAAGGAUCCGCAUCAUGGCUGAUUUGGAUUUAAACAAUUACCAAAUGCAACUGCAGCAGGUAAAAGCUGCUUUAUCCACCGACCCGGACAACGAAGAAUUAUUAAAACUCAAAUCGGAUCUGGAAGAAGUCAUUGAGCUGACGAAAGAUUUGAUCCGGGCGCAAAAUGAGGAGCAAAAAAAGUCAUAUAUUGCACCAGCAGGCAGCAGCGGAUACGAUGGAAGUUACUACGAGAGGCAAAAGGCGUCGGAAACUCCCACCAAAUACUGGAAAGUUGGCGAUAAGUGUCAAGCGAAAUGGACUGAUGGGCAAUAUCAUGAUGCCACAAUUGAAGCUAUUACGGAUGAUGGGCAAGUCAAUAUUAUCUUUGACAAUUAUCAGAAUCGAGGAGAAACGACCUUGAAGGACUUGCGAGAACGAAAAGUUCGGAACGAGGUGUUCCAGACAAACAGCAAUAAACGUGUACGACCAAAUCAAAAAGAGUACCUGAAAAAGAAGAAACAAAAGAAAUUGGAACGUCUAAAGGGCAUCGAAGAGUCUCGCGAACAAGAAAAGAACAAAUGGCUCAGUUUCGCAGCGAAAACGAGCAAAAAGAAUCCCGGCACGAAAAGUAUAUUCGCAUCGCCCGACAGCGUAACGGGUCGCGUUGGCAUCGGAACAUGCGGCAUUUCGGGCAAAGGCAUGACGAAAUAUGUGGAAGGUGAAAAAUAUCGCAAAGGACUCUAAAUAAAAAAAAAUUUUUUUUGGACAUUUUUGGAAUCUAUAAAAAAAAAUAAAUGAAAAAAAAACAAUCAAGUAUAGUAAC